CGACUAAAAAAUAAAAAGUCGUCCAGAUAUUUCGAGAUUUAUUUCAUCCUGACACUCUUUAUUUCAUCAUGUUUGAAAAGUCACUAACAGACCUCAUUCGUGGUAUAAGAGCCAACAAGAAGAAUGAACAAAAAUACAUUGCCGUUUGUUUACAAGAAAUUCGAAACGAAGUCAAGUCGAAUGAUUUAGAUAUUAAGGCUACAGCGGUUGCCAAGCUGACCUAUUUGCAAAUGCUUGGUUACGACAUGUCAUGGGCCUCGUUUCACAUGGUGGAGGUUAUGUCAAGUGCCAAGUUUUUACAUAAGAGAACAGGUUAUCUAGCUGCUACUUUGUCUUUUCAACAAGACACAGAUGUCCUCAUGUUAACUACGAAUCUGAUCAAGAAGGAUUUAGCUUCGCCUGCUCCUAUUGAUAUCGGUAUUGCAUUAAAUGGUCUUUCUCAUAUUGUAACGCCCGACCUCGCUAGAGAUCUUUGCCCUGAUUUGGUUUCCAUGCUGAACCAUUCAAGACCCUAUAUCCGUAAGAAGGUUGUCCUGGUUCUUUAUAAGGUCUUUUUAAAGUAUCCCGAAGCACUCCGUUUGAGUUUCCCUCGAUUAAAAGAAAAGUUGGAAGACCCUGAUCCAUCUGUUGUGUCAGCUGUUAUCAGUGUUGUGUGUGAGCUAGCUCGAAAGAAUCCUAAAAACUAUUUAUCUCUUGCACCUCAGCUAUUCAAAUUACUCACUACCUCUUCCAAUAACUGGAUGCUAAUCAAAAUUAUAAAAUUGUUCGCAUCCUUAACUCCCCUUGAACCAAGACUGAUUAAGAAGUUAUUACCACCUUUGACUUCACUUAUUCAGACAACCCCUGCCAUGUCACUUUUAUAUGAGUGCAUUUAUACAGUGAUUACUGGUGGAUUUUUGGAAGCUGCUGGUGAAUCUGGCAAUGCUUUGGCGGCAACAUGUACUAACAAGCUGAGAAAGUUUCUUGAAGAUCCAGACCAAAACCUGAAAUAUGUGGGUUUACUUGCUAUGAGCAAGUUGCUUGUUACUCAUCCCAAAUUGGUAGCAGAACAUAAGGAUCUGAUUUUGGAAUGCAUUGACGAUGAGGAUAUUAGUAUCAGACUUCGGUCUUUGGACUUGGUUGUAGGCAUGGUUCACCGUAAAAAUAUUGUAGAGAUUGUGAAGAGAUUGAUUACCCAUAUUAUGCCUAAAUCAAACACUUCGACCGAGGUGUCGUUACAUGAUCCUUCCACAAUUUUCGAUCCUGUAUAUCGUACUGAUAUUAUCAAUCGUAUCAUUUUCAUCUGCUCUCAAAAUCAUUACCACCACAUAAAUGAUUUUGAAUGGUAUAUCACUGUAUUAGUCGGUAUAACUUAUGCUGCCGGUGUCAAUGUUGGCGAUGUUUUAACAAAUCAACUAAUGGAUGUCAGUGUUCGCGUAAAGAGUGUUCGUGAAUUCUCCGUAAAUCAAAUGUACAAUCUUUUGCAAGAUAAACAAUUUUUGGAUACUGCAAAGAAGAGAGACUCUAACAUUGAAGUCUUAUCUGCAGCUGCAUGGAUUUGCGGUGAAUAUUGCAACUAUUUACAAGAUAUUCCCUCCACAUUAGAGUGUCUUUUAACCAGUCAAGUUACAAAAUUACCGGUCAAAGUUCAAACAAUCUAUGUCCACAGUGUGAUCAAAAUCUACGCUUAUUGGACCAGUGAGCUGACAUCGGAAUGGAACCCCGAAUUAGGAAGAGAGUUUGUAAAGGUCACUAACGUCAUGUAUGAAAAAAUGGACAUGUUUACCCAAAGUAAGGAUCUGGAAGUACAAGAAAGAGCACACGAUGUCAAAUCAUUAUUUAAGAUCAUACUUGAUUCUGUCAAUAACCCUACGUUGGAUGCAAACGAAGUCCCUUUGGUUUUAGAAGGUCUCCCCGAUCUUUUCUUCAUUUAUGAACUAAAUCCUGUAGCUCCCAAGGCUCAAUCCAAAGUCCCUAUCCCCGAGGGUCUGGAUUUGGAUGCUUGGAUCAAUGAUCCGUUACCGGAUUUGGUGCAAGACUUGGAUUCCGAAGCCUCCGCAGGUGAGUCUUCUAUAUCCAAGUACGAAAAGGUUUCCAAGUCUGGCAGAAAGAAGAAGUCGAAAUCCAAAUCAUACAGCAGCGAAGAUGAUGAGGAUAAGGAGCAACGACGAUCCGAUAGAAGGGAGGCUCGUAAAAACGAUCCAUUUUACAUCAUGGCAGAUAAAAAGAAGCAAAUUUUGGAUUUCGAUGAUGAUGUUGAUUCGAUUCCUGUAGUGGAACUGGACAUCAAUGAAAUCAACUUGCAAGCUAGCAAAUUAAGAAAAGAUGCUAAAAAGUUAAAACGUACGAAGAAAGAGAUCAAGGUACCUGUCUAUGCUGAAGAGGAAAUGCCUGAAAAUGCUGCUGAGUCUGAAGAUGAAAAUGUCAAAACAAAAAAGAAAGGCAGUGUUUAUACCAAGAAGUCGACACGAGACAUCUUUGAAAGUAAUGAGGAGGCAGGCUUGAACAACGUAGAUUUAUCCAUUCCUUUGGGCAAGGAUGAAAAGUUCCAGCAAGUCAAGGCUUACUUAAGUCCAGAAGAAGUGCGUAUUAACGAAGAGGCUAGAUACAGAACCGAACGCAAGGAACAAAGAGCGCUCCAGAAAAAAAACAAGGAGCUUUUGGAAGCCAAAAAAAGUAAUUUGCUAAAGGGAAAAAAUGUACCCGAAACAUCUAUCCCAGAAAAGAAAAAGAAGAAAAAGAGCCACUCGAAGAAAUCCAAAAAGACAAAGGAUAUUCAUGUUACCGAAGAAGAAGAACUUGCUAAAUCGGACUUCACAACUAUUGCUGACGAUGUUCGCGAUGCACUUGCAGAAAAGAGUGAGGAAAACAAGAGCCGUAAGACGGUUGAAAUAUUUAGCGAUAACCAAGUAUCUCUGAUAUGCGAUUUAUCCUUAGAUGUUGUCAAUUCUCCUGUUAUUGUGAUCCAUUUCUUUGUACAAAAUAAGGACGAAGAAAUGAUGAUCCCAAGUUUACACAUGGAGUUUGCGCAAUCAUUUGAUUUAAAAUUGAUUGAAAAUGAUGACGAAAGAACGAAUAUGGCGUCUGCGACAGAAACUUUUGAAUUACAGGCGAAUGAGAAGGUAGAAUGCUUAGCACGUUUCGAAGCACUUGGUAAUAUUAGACAAGGCUUGUGUCUUCGUGGUGAUCUGUUUUAUGAUGUAGAGGGCUCGUCGUCAAUCAAUCAACACCCCAUUGAGAUCCCUAUUCCCGCAAGUCUCUUCUUAAACGAUAAAGAACCUAUGGAUCCGGCCGAAUUUUCUACGCUUCUUGCUGAACAUGGCGAUGAUUUCGAGUACCACGGUAAUGUGUCGUUAGAAGUGACAUUAUCUUCCGAUGCCUCCAUCGAAGAAGCUCUUAUCAAUGCUUUGGAAACUGUUACACGCACUAGUGGGUUGCUUGUUGUUGAGGUUGUUCCUGGUGCCGCUUCCCUUUAUGGUAAGAGUGUAAACGGUGUGCAGGUUGCCGGCUUGUUGAAAUACACCUUAUCUAUGGAUACAGAACCCAAGGUAGCAACUUUGUCUAUCGAUUUAAAGAGUACAGAUGAUGAUUUAUUGGGAGGAUUGAUCCAUGAACUUUCGACAAUUAAUUUGGCGAAUUAAACAAAAAAAAAAAACUACAGCUUAUUAAAUAUGGACAGUUGACACUAAUAAAACCUUACACAUUAUUUGAUACCAUUAAGACAAACAUGUGUAUUAAAACACA